UUAGCUCUUAAGUAAUAUGUCAUCGUAAGCAACAAAAAAAAAUGAAAGAGCAACUAAUUCUCAUUUCUGAUAAUAUUUUCUGAUUUUUCACAAAAAUAAAAUUCUGUAAAAUUGGGCUAGAGCAGAGUAUUUAUAUCACCCACGAGCCUUUGCUUCUUCUUCCUUCUUCAUCACCUCUCUUCUUCUUUCUGUUCUCUUUCCGGAGACAUUUGUCUAAAUCUCAUCAUCAUUCACAAUUUACUCAAACAAAACCUUGAGAAAGAGAAAAAAAUGAUCCAAGAGAAGAAGAAAAACCUAUUAAUGUCUUCUCAGUGAAAAACCAUAACUAAAAUCUUUAAUGGUCAGAUCAAACAAGCAAGAACCACGCGUCUCUUCUACUUACAUCCGAUCUCUCGUGAAGCAACAACUUGCUUAUUCCACCACUAUGACCACCACCACCACAACAACAACAAACGAUGGUAGCGGCGGCGGAAAAACGCAAACGCAAACGCACAAGAAACAAGUGAGGAGGCGACUUCACACAAGCCGUCCUUAUCAAGAACGUCUCCUAAACAUGGCUGAAGCUCGUCGCGAAAUCGUCACCGCUUUAAAACAACAUCGUGCUUCCAUGAGACAAGCCACAAGAAUCCCACCGCCUCAACCACCCCCACCACCGCAGCCUCUAAAUCUUUUCUCUCCGCCGCCUCCUCCUCCUCCUCCGGAUCCAUUUUCUUGGACGAAUCCAUCUCUCAAUUUCCUCCUCCCUAAUCAACCCUUAGGGUUAAACCUAAACUUCCAAGAUUUCAACGACUUCAUCCAAACCUCCUCAACAACAUCUUCAUCAUCAUCUUCCUCCACUUCAUCUUCCUCAUCCUCGAUUUUUCCGACGAAUCCUCAUAUCUACUCUUCCCCUUCACCUCCUCCCACUUUCACCACCGCCACUUCAGAUUCAGCUCCUCAACUACCGUCUUCCUCUAAUGGAGAAAACAACGUGGUGACGUCAGCUUGGUGGUCAGAACUCAUGUUGAAGACGGUGGAGCCGGAGAUUAAACCGGAAACGGAAGAAGUCAUCGUAGUCGAAGAUGACGUGUUUCCAAAGUUUAGUGACGUCAUGGAAUUUCCUUCGUGGUUAAACCAAACAGAGGAAGAAUUAUUUCAUCCUUAUAAUCUCACUGAUCAUUACUCAUCAUCUCCUCAUAAUCCUCCAUUAUCCUGGUAAUUAUUUUGUAUUUAUUUUUCAUUACUUAGAAUUAAAGUUAUUUUGAUCGGUGUUGUUUUUCCUCCGGAAUCACCGGUGGCGAAAAUUGCGGCGGUUCUUGCAUAAACUUCAGUGAUUGAGUUUGAGACAGAACACAGAAAAAACAGAAUCGUUCUUUUGUUUGGUUUUGAUAAUUAAAUCGGAGUUAUUGGAUUAAAAAUAUGUGAAAGCUUGUGGUAUGAGAAGGAUCCACAUAGGUUUAUUGCACGAUCUGAAGCUGUCCAUUUUUUUCUUUUAGUAUAUGGUCCAAUGAUAAAUAAUAUCGCCGACAUCUAUAAAACACUAUCCUUACCCCAUUUUUCUGAACUGUCCCAAAACCGUCUUGACGUCACCCGAUAUAAAUUAUAUUUUUGUUAUGUUAUCAUUGCACUUGCAUUAUUCAAAUUUGGUUGUUACUUGUUAGUAUGGAGAUUGGAGAAAUUGAAGGCAUGGAUGGAGACGACUGGCUUGCUUGAACCACAAAGAUUGAUUACUGUUUUUUUUUUCAGACAUGAUGAAUCAACUCUUUGGUUAUUUUCUUAUUAUUUUUACCUUAUUUUAUUUGUUUUUCUUUAUAAUUUUUUCUUUUUGUUUGGUGACAUUUUAAUGAAUCUUUAAAAAUAACAACAAGCCUGCGGAGAGAAAAUGUUCGAUUUGGCAAAGCCACAUGAAUGAAGUAAAACUUUCAUU